AUGCUUUCUACUUAUAAAGAUGCUGGGGAUGGGGGAUUGUAAUAAGAUAAUUUAAUUCCAAUGUAGAAGGAAACCCUUAAGAGUAUUUUAUCCAGCUUUAAAAAUAAGAUGAAUGAGACUCAUUAAUUGUAUUCUUAAAAUUCAAACUCUCUUCAAAAAGAAGAUAAAGAAGAUGUAUAUAAACAUGCUUUUUCUUUCGCUUUUCUACUUUAAAAGUAUUAAGAGAAAGACAACUCACUAUGUUUAGAAGAUUUUAUUUAAGAAGCUGAACGAAUGAGAGAUCAUCAGUUAUACAAACCAAGCAAGGCUAAUAAAAAGUUUAAUAUAAUGCCAAAAAUAUCUAAAGAAAAGUUUGAGUAAUUUAUAGAAUAUGAAAAAGAUACAAGAUUUCCUCAACCUAGAAAAACAGUACAGUUAAAUACUCAAGCAAGACUUCCAGAAAGACAAACAUCAAAUUAAAAGCCUGCAAUAAGUAGUUUAUUGAAUAGCAAUAAUAAUUAAAUCUCAUCCAACUCUAAUUAAGGAUAUGGGAAUAUAAAUAGUUUUUAGAACAAUCCUAAUAAUAGUAUUGAUAAUAAUAAAAAUAAUAAUAAUAAUUUUGGUCCUACUUAACAAAAUAAUAACAAUGGGUUUUAUAGAUCUCAAAGCAGUUAAAAUUAAGAUGAACAACCAUAAAAAACAAAUGGAUAUAAAUAAUAGUAUAACAAUGGCUACAACAGCUAUUAAAAUUAAAAUACAAAUAAUUUUGGGUAUGGUAGAAAUAGGUAUCAAAAUAACAAUAGAUAUAAUAAAGGAAGGGAGUAAAUUGAAGAAGAAUAAGAUGAGUAAUAGUAAGCUGGAGGUUUUAAAACAGCAUCAGAAUAAAGAUAUUAAAAUAAUAUGUUAAAGAGAUAAAAAGAAGAAGGAUUCUAUAAUAAAGAAACUGGAAAAUAUGGUAGAAAUAAUGGAUAGCUAGAGUUUGAAGGUGUGAAUGAUAAUAAACCUAAAUACGGAUAUACAAAAUAUGGAAGUAACUAGGGAGUUGAUGAUGUUGUUAAUCUUGUCCAUUACCAUACUAUAGGGAAAAACCUCAAUUUAAAUAAUAAUUCUUCAUCUAAUUAAGCUGCUGCCUUAAAUGGAGGUGGUACAGAAGACGAAUAUAAAAAGACAGGACUAAGCAGAAAAUUCAAACCUCCAGGAGCACCUGGUUCAAAUACCGGAGGGAAAAAAAAUGAAUAGUGUGAGCAGCUCAAAGGAAUGGAUUAAAAAUUAAUAGAUUUAAUUGAAAACGAAAUUGUAGAAAAUGCUGCUAAUGUUAAGUGGGAAGAUAUAGCUGGUUUAAGUUCAGCUAAGGAAUCUGUCAAGGAAACUAUAGUUUGGCCUAUGUUGAACCCAUAAAUCUUUACUGGUAUUAGAGCUCCUCCUAAAGGUCUUCUCUUGUUUGGACCACCUGGAACAGGUAAGACUAUGAUUGGCAAGGCUAUUGCUAAUCAAUCUGGCUCUACAUUUUUUUCUAUAUCAGCAUCUUCUCUAACAAGUAAAUAUAUUGGUGAAGGUGAGAAAAUGGUAAAAAUUCUCUUCAAGCUAGCAGAAAUGAGAUAACCAAGUGUUAUUUUUAUUGAUGAAAUAGACUCACUUUUAUGUGCAAGAUAAGAAAAUGAAAAUGAGGCAAGUAGAAGAAUUAAGACAGAGUUUUUAGUUUAAAUGGAAGGUGCUACUUCAAGAGAAGAAGUAAGAUUGUUACUUAUAGGAGCAACAAAUAGGCCAUAAGAACUUGAUGAUGCUGUUAGAAGAAGAUUUGUUAAGAAAUUAUAUAUUCCUCUACCUAAUAUGGUAGCAAGAGAGUAAUUGAUAAGAAGAGUAAUUGAAAGAGAAUCAGCAAAAGGAAACGCUUUUGAUAUGAGCGACCAAGAUAUUUUAGAAGUUGUUCAAGCUACAAAAGGUUUUUCUGGAGCUGAUAUGACAAACCUUUGUAAGGAGGCAGCUUUAAUACCUAUCCGUCAAUGUACUGAUAUAACAAACAUAUAGUCUAGUGAUAUUCGUCCUAUCAAUAAAUCAGAUUUUGUAAAGUCACUAAAAUAAGUUAAAGCUACAGUAACUUCAAAAGAUUUAGCUGGAUAUUUUGAUUGGAAUAACUAAUUUGGUAGUUUUGAAAUAAAUAUGGAAGAAAUAGAUUCCUGA